UUGGAAUAUACGGCACUGAAAGUGAAACCUGAUCACAGUUUCAGUUUUUGUUGAGGAAAAAAAUCACUACUACAACACUCUACUUCCUAUAAGUACUACAAGGUUCUAAGAACAGAGUAGCACCAUUAGGAUUACAUUAUAUACACGAUUAGGUUUCAGCACUUGACAAUGAAACGCACUUUGUUAGGAGGAUCAGUUUCAUCGCGUUUCAUGAUUUCUUCUACUUCAGAUGAUACAGCAUAUGGCUCCCCUCAUUGGAUUGGUAAAGGACUGACCUGUGUUUGUUUCAAGCCUAAGGGAAACUGCCAACCCGUCUGCAUUAAUUUGACCCCUUUACAGGAGGAAAGGCUUAGAAGAUUGAAACGCAGAAUGAAAGUUUACUUUGAUGCUUCCAAGCUUGAUCACCAGGAUGCUUUGAGAGCUCUUUGGUCUGCUUCAUUCCCUGGUCAUGAGCUCAGAGGUUUGGUUUCUGAUCAAUGGAAGGAAAUGGGGUGGCAAGGAAGAGAUCCUUCUACUGAUUUCAGAGGAGCUGGUUUUAUAUCCUUGGAGAACCUCCUAUUCUUUGCUAAGACAUUCUCCACUUCUUUUCAGAAUCUUUUGAUGAAGCAAGGAAGAAAGGGAGUUGUUUUCGAGUAUCCCUUUGCUGUUGCUGGUGUAAAUAUUACUUUCAUGAUUAUGCAAAUGUUAGACCUCGAUGCAGCAACCAAACCCAGGACUUUCAUUAGAACAGUUUUUCUACAAAUGCUUUCGGAAAAUGAAUGGGCAUUUGAUUUGCUUUAUUGCGUUGCAUUUGUGGUCAUGGACAAACAGUGGUUGGAGACAAACGCUACGUACAUGCAAUUUAAUGAUAUCUUGAAAUCAACGCGAGUUCAGCUGGAGAAAGAGUUGAUGAUUGAUGAUGUUCUACGGAUUGAAGACAUGCCUUCUUAUAGUCUUCUUUCUUGAUAAAAGGCUCAAGUUGAUCAUUACUAGCAUAACUGUUAUUCAUCUCCAUCAUUUCUUACAUUAUAUGAUAUCUCUGAACUAAAGGAAACUCCUUUAGAAGUGUUUAUGAGAUUCUUUGUUUGCAAGUUUUGACUAAUUAGUGAUAGGGAGAGAGUUUAGAAGAUGUGGAUCAAUUAAUUGACCAAAUUGUUAGACAGGUUUUUCACCCUGUAAUGUAAUGUUACUGCUAUUCUAGAAUCAUUGAUUGGAGCUGAUACAUUCAUUAUGUUGA